AUGGUUCUGCCAAAAUUAAAGAACCGAUUUAAAUACUUGGAGCGCGCCGGGAACUUACACAAGCCGGAUAUUUCGACGUACUGUUUUCCACUUCAAACCGAGGACGACAUCGAGCGGCUGGAGUCGGAAGUAAAAAACAACUGCAAACUGCGCAACCAGUAUAUUAAUUUCCUGCAGCAAGUCAAAACACCAUCCAUUGAAAUCGGUGAAAUUUUCAAGAAGAUCUUCUACGACGAAGCAUUGGCCAACUACAACUACAACGGAUUUUGCAACAGCCGGAUGGUGAAGAAACGUGCCAUGAAGGAUUAUUGUAUUUUUGUGGAUUGUUUAUUAGCUUGGCGCGAUCACGGAAUUACGCAGGAUGAAAUACGAACGACGCUGCGGAAAAUUGUCAAAAAUGUUCACAAUCGGAAACGGUUCCGUCGCUAUAAGAACAAAAUUCGGGAUCGGAAAACGGGCGAAAGUUCGCUUUAUCUUGAACCAGAUUUUUAAUAAACAGUUGGCCGUUA